AUGGGACGACGUUCAAAGAAGAAAGACAUUGAAUCGUUUGAACUUUACAUGCUGAGCAAAGUUCGACUCCCGAAAAAUCUGAAGUCUGCCAAAUACUCUUCUAUAUACAAGCGAGAACGUUGUUUACAGAGUACGUAUGUGUAUGCCGAUGGAAACCAUUACGCUAGUAACACUACGCACGUAAUUCCUGUUCCAGUCAAAGCCGUUCAAACCAAAGAUCAAUGUUUGCCAAAUCAGAGGCUCUUUCUAAAAGCCCUCAAGCAGAUUGUCAGCACUAAUAGUGAGAAUAAUGUCAGCAGAGAAAAGAAGAACACCGAUGCAGCCAAAGCGUUUAAUGCACUGCGUGAACUUAAAUUCUCGCGUGAUAAAACAAACAACGUGGAAGCUUUAGAAUUUUAUGCAACUGUCAGCGCUGAAUGUCGUAAUCAACCAUUCUACGUGAGGCUAAUUUCAUGCAUGAUGAAAGACUGCUCUAAUUAUGAUCGACUUGAUCUGUCUGAGGCCGUGUUUGCUAAAUACGUACGAGAAGCUAUGACCGAAGAAUAUAAUUCACAUCACCAUAUUGUUGUAUGGAAUACUUUGAUCAAGAUUUAUGUCAAGAGGGGAAUGGUGAAGAAGGCAACGAAAGUUUAUGAGAUGAUGCCAUCAUAUAAGCAGAUGCCCGACGUAGUAACGCAUAAGAUUCUAUUGAACGCAAUGUCAAAGACUAAAAAUCUGGAUUUCGCAUUUGCUAUUCUUGAGAAGAUGCUAUUCAUAAAACGAACACUUAAUGCAGCCUCUCUGAAUACACUCCUACAAGCCUGUCUCGCAACGAAUAAUGAGAAAAGGGCUGAUUUUGUGUUUGAUGCAAUAAGGCGAUUGAAAUUGGGGCCAAACGGACAAACGUUUGCUAUUCUAUUACGCCACUGUACAGAACUUGUCAAACUGGAUGAGAUUUGGUCACUAAUUGUUGAUGCUGGGUACCAAACUGAUCAUACGACGCAAUUAGAAUUCAUGAAAGUGUGUCGACGGUUGAACUUUAACGUGUCUUGUAUGAAUCAUAGAGAAGGAUUUUCCAAGUGUUUUGAUUAUUUCCUACGAAUGAGGGAAAUGUCUAGUUCAGAUGACGUUGCUGUGGGCGUUUAUAAUGAGUUAAUCGAGGCGUGUGGACAUUAUGGGAAUGUACAGGGUGGGAUGCGUUUGAUUCAAGAAAUGUGGGACAACGGCCUUGAGCCCAGACCCAGAGUAUAUAAAUGCAUUCUUGACGCUGUUGGAAGAAGUUACGAGAUUACUGCAGAACAGGGGAAAGCUAAUCUGAUUGAACGAAAGCUCUUUUUUGCUAUUCUACCCAGUAUAAUAUUGCGAUCGAGAAAUGAAAUUAUGCCAAUAUGGCUGAUGAAUACGAUUUUGAUGGCUGUGGGGAGACUCGGCGAUGCUAAUGUAAUGAUGAAUCUAUAUAAUAUGAUCGUCUGUAGAGACUUGGGAUAUCGAACUGAAUCUGCUUCAAUCGAGGGACUAAUUGCAGGUAGAUUAGAGGCUGUUCCGGUCGACAUAUCUCUCGCUAAUUCGUUUAUUAAUGCCAUGUCGUCUGAGCAACUGAGAUCGUUUGUGCUUUCGACAUUUUAUCAAUUACCGACAUCUCUUGUACCUAAUAAGAAUACGAUCAAGUAUUUAUUUUCGAGUAUAAGAAGUGCCAAUGAUGUGCAAUCACUCUUCACUCCAUACUGCAUCGCCAUUGCUAGUCGCCCCAUGGACAUUAGUUUGAACGAAUUACAAGAAACACUGUAUGACAUUGUCCAAAAAAUAUCGUCUGGUAGAACUAAUGAUAAUUGGAGCGACGGGUAUGUGAGCAAAGGGUUGCUGAAAUCUAAGGCAGAAUUCUCUCGCGAUACUGUGUUGAAAAUUGUAACUAAAUGUAUAUCAAGAGAGAUAAUACAAAUUCAACAGAGCACAGGGAUUGAUGAGUGUUUGCAUCUAUUAGACGGAUACAAUAAAGUGGGCGUCAACUAG